CAAUGAUCGUUAGAAUUUCUAAAAUGCCAUACAAGUGAUUGAAACGACAGAAUAUUUUCGUCAGCCGAGGUUUUGACGGUGUCAUUUGGGGGGGUUGUAGCCGUUCAGCUGUGGAACGUCAGAGUGAGAGAGAGAUAGAGAGAUGGGAAGGAGGAUAUUAAACGAUGCGUUGAGGUCAAUCGUGAACGCGGAAAAGAGAGGCAAAGCGACGGUGGAAUUGAAACCAAUCUCCAUCGUCAUAUCUUCCUUUCUCAAUAUCAUGAAAUAUCGAGGAUAUAUCAAGAAUUUUGAGGUUUUUGAUCCACAUAGAGUGGGGAGGAUAAAAGUUGAACUGCAAGGCAGGGUAAACGAUUGUCGGGCACUCACUUACAGGCAGGACAUCAAAGCAAACGAUAUCGAAAAGUACAAAACACUUAAACUUCCAACACAUCAGUGGGGUUAUGUUGUGAUUUCAACUCCAGAUGGUAUUUUGGAUCAUGAAGAAGCCAUUAGAAGGAAUGUGGGUGGGCAGGUUCUUGGUUAUUUUCAUUAGAUUUGUCUUCCCGCUCACUUUCGAAUGGGAAAAGGGGAAGAGUAGUUCUUUGAGCUUUGGUUUAUUUGUGAACUUUUCAAUCAAUGUCCAUUGGAAUUUUCACUGAAUAUUGAAUAAUGGAAUAUAACUUUUGGAUUAAUUCCUCAAUUAGUUUUGAUUUUUUGUAGUAGUUGAACUGCAAAAGCAAACUUCAAAAUUUAUCCAUGAAAAAACCUUUCUUUUUGCAGUUGGAAGCAUUUUUUUAGUCUCAAUUUUUUUUUUGUUUUUUUUAGUGUUUUGAUGAUAAGUGAGCAUUUUAGAAUUAUGUGCUGCAAACAUUGUUUGCUCCAAAAUUUUAAGUGCCAA